UGUAAAUAGCUUUCUAAAUUGCACAAAAACUCGAUUUUUAGCUCAUGCUGCUUGCCAUCCAGAUCAAAAUUCUAAAGAAACUCUAAGAAAGCAAUUCUUUGAAUUAUGCAAAAUUAUUUAUGAGCAGUUAAGAAUGCGAUUUGGCAAUGACCAUAAUUUAAUUUUCCGCCUUCAAAACUUACUUCCGUACAGAAUUAUACAAAUAGAUGUAACUAUGUUUGCUGAUGUUUUUAAUGGGUAUGCUCCUUUUCUCCCUGCUCAGUCUAUAAACGAGUUUGCUGCUGAAAUAACUCUUUGGAAACAGAAAAGUUCAAGCUGGAAUUGCGCCAACAAACCCUCUUCUACCGAAUUUUUGAAACAAUAUGGCGGUGAAUUGAUAAAUCAGUUUCCCAAUGUAGUACGACUACUGCAAUUACUUUCUGCUCUUCCUGUUUCCACAGCUAGCUGUGAACGCACUUUCUCAUUACUGAAUCGUGUUUUGAGUGAAAAAAGAUCAAGUAUGGGCGUUAGAAGACUUAGUGACCUGUGUGUACUUUCUUAUUAUUUCAACGAGUCAGAGAACUUGGAUUUGAAUAGAGUUGUUGAUCUAUUUAAGACUCGAAAGUCUCGAAAAAUUCCUCUUUGA